CUGUCAUGUGUGUGUUCUGCGGGAGAAAGAGAAGUUUUGUGCAAAAUAAUGCAUGAGGGGGAAAAAGUGCUCGCAGCUGCAAGUGGUUCCGAAAGUGUGAUAAAAGGACAAAGUGGGUUGCGCGAGGGGGCACCUGUUGGCGGAAGGGACACCCAGUACCAGUGGUUGUAGUGCCCAACACGUCGCAAAGAUACGGCGAAAAAUGUGGUCGUUCUUUUCACGGGAGAAAAAUGACUUUCCAUAUGAGAUCGGGGAGGAGGUGCACGGCCUCGAGUCCUGGUCCAUUUGGAGUCUCCACCGGGGCAAGAAGAAGGGCCCAGUCGCGGAUGACGUGUCUGUGUUUGUGUAUGACAUCAAGGGUGGCACGGAUGCCAAGCUGGAGCUGGCCAGAGCCUCCCUGAAGCGCCUCAAGACGCUGCGACACCCCAGCAUUCUGCAGUACCUCGACAGCCUCGAGACGGACAAGGUGCUGUACGUGGCCACGGAGUCCGUGGAGCCCCUCGGAACACAUAUCGAGAAACUGGAAACAGAUGGACCACAGAGAGAUCUCUACCUGGCAUGGGGAAUCUUUCAGAUUACGAGAGCCUUAUCAUUUCUGAACAAUGACGGAAGUCUGCGCCACAACAACGUGUCCGUGUGGUCGGUGUUCGUGAACACGUCCGGCGAGUGGAAGCUGGGCGGCCUGGAGUAUGUGUCACCAGUGGACGGGAGCCCAACGCCGCCGCUGAAGGUGCCGCCGCAGCUGGAGUUGUACGAUCCACCCGAGAAGGCGGAUUCCGCCAAGCUGAAGAGCGCCACAAAGUGUUCUGCGGACAUGUGGGCGCUCGGGUGCCUCGUGUGGGAGUCCUUCAAUGGCAAAAUGCGCGCCAGGAGCAACCUGAAGGAGAUUGAGAACAUUCCCAAGAGUCUCACGCCACUCUAUUGCGAGCUGGUGGGCGCGCUGCCGGCGAAGCGACCCAAUCCCGCGGACAUCAUCACCAAGUGUCGCAAGCCGGGUGGCUUCUUCAAGAAUGAGCUUGUGGACACGCUGCUGUUCCUCGAGGAGAUCCAGAUCAAGGACAAGGCGGAAAAGAAUCGCUUCUUCAGCGCUCUCUCGCCACAGCUGGACAACUUCCCGGCCAAUGUGUGUCGCCAUAAGAUUCUGCCGCAGCUGAUCACGGCCUACGAAUACGGAGACGCGGGCUCUGCCGUGCUGGCGCCCAUGUUCAAGCUAGGUCGCCUCCUGGACGAGGCGGAGUACCAGAAACGCAUUGUGCCGUGCGUGGUGAAGCUCUUCGCCUCCACGGAUCGUGUGACGCGGUCGCGAUUGCUGCAGCAACUGGACAUGUUCGUGUCUCACCUGCAGCCGAAUGUGGUGAAUGACCAGAUCUUCCCGCAAGUUGCUCAUGGAUUCCUCGACACGAAUCCCACCAUUCGCGAGCAGACGGUGAAAUCGGUGAUCCACCUGGCGCCCAAGCUCAACUACAACAACCUCAACGUCGAGGUGUUGCGCCACUUCGCUCGGCUCCAGGCAAGGGAUGAUCAGGGCGGAAUCCGCACCAACACGACUGUGUGCUUGGGAAAGAUAGCUCCACAUCUGCACCCUCAAGUGCGACAGAGAGUCCUCGUGUCCGCCUUCAUCAGGGCCAUGAGAGAUCCCUUUCCACCAGCCAGAGUGGCUGGAAUCCUGGCUCUGGCCGCAACACAGCAGUACUUCCUCCUCACGGAGGUCGCCACGAGGAUUCUUCCCGCUCUUUGCACACUCACGACAGACGCGGAGAAGUCAGUUCGUGAUCCGGCAUUCAAGACGAUCAAGGGAUUCCUGGGGAAGCUAGAAAGAGUGUCUGAAGAUCCGAGUCUCAAGGAAACCAUGGAGGCGGACGUUCACACGGCCACGCCGUCACUGGGCAAUGCGGCCGCCACAUGGGCCGGCUGGGCCGUGACGGCCGUCACGGCGAAAUUCUAUCGCAGCCAGAGCGACUCCUCCAGGCCACGUCCGCCGCUCACCAGCAAGACCCUCAGCAAACCGGCGUCACUGGAGCAACCGUCGAGCAGUAGCCUGUCCACCACCACGUCCAGCGUGACCUCCAUGACAUCCCUGGAGCACGAGAGCAAUGACACAUCUGCGUCCGCGAGUGACUACGGCGCCGACAAUUGGGACAAUGAGAAUUGGGGCGACAUGGAUACAUCCCAGGACCCCAGCAGUCCAACAGCUGGGAACGCAAUGCCAUUGGGAUCAUCUGCCUUGACGGCGGCCGGCGGACUGGAGCUCAGAGACGGAUGGGACAAUGAGGAGUGGGGAAGCCUCGAAGAGGAGCCGAAUGAGGAAAUAGAGGAGAAGCACGAAGUUGAGAUAAACGAUAAAGCCAAACCGACAAUGAAUUGCAACAAUCUCAGCCCGGUCAGUGAUAAUAACACGAAUUUCAACUCCAACUGGAACAGCGAUUCCUGGGCGGAUGGAGAAUUUGAGCCGAUUGACGACGUCACGACGGGUAAUCCAAAACUAGACGAGGCACGCCGGAAACGCGAGGAGAAAAAACUGCAACGACAGCGUGAGUUGGAGGCUCGACGGGCGGCGCGUGGUCCGCUGAAAUUGGGCGCCAAGAAGCUCUAAAGGGAGCCUCGCAAUGUCGUGAUUCUCCUUGCUCGAUGUCAACCCGAGAAGGAGUGUGGGGGUAUUUUUAGCUAAAUGAGAAAAUUCUAUUUGAUAAAUACAGGUUCUAUACGUACUUUCAUAGUGUAAUUCUAAUACCAUUUGGAGAUGAGGUAAAAGAAAAAAAUUAUCGCAUUUUAGCUGUCUCCGAGCCACGAGGACGCCCUCAUCUGACUCUUGGGACUCACCCUCGUGGCGGGGAGGACAGGUGUGUCAUAUGGGGUUGGAGAGAUAUUAGGAGAUGAUAUAAAUUUCACAUAAAUAUCGAUUUGUAUGAUGUUGUGAGAUAUUCCUCGAUUUUUCCUUAAGACAUUCUUGCGAUAGGGUUUUAAGAAGAUAAAAAAGAAUUCUUAUUAAAUGUGAGAGACAGCCAAGGAAUACAAGUGGAAGAGCGACAAGAUA